UAUUAUGUUAGAGAGCUGGUUUGCCUGUCACUUCACUAGCCAUUAGUGAUAUGAGUUAAAAAAACAUAUUUCCAAUUAUUAUUGUAAGUUUUUAUCCUACGUUUACCAUUUUUUGUAAUGUUUAAAUUAUUUAGAUGGUUAUUAUUAGCUUGUCUUUAUUUCUGUGCCAGCUGGUAAUCUUCGUGGGGUGUUUAAAAUAUAUAUAUAUGUAUAAAGAGGAAGUGACAUUUACAGAUUUAACAAUUUGGUGUUACGGGAGGGUAGGGCUCUUUAUUGAAUAGGUAGUGCUACGAGGAUGGAAUCAGAGCAUCAACCCAAACUCAACCCCGUGAGGGCGUUUCAAGUUCUACAUGGGUGCCAACCUGAACCAGAGGAAGCCUACACAAGCCUCUCUGAGUACCAUGACUACGAGCCAAGCCUAGAGUUUGAUGAUUCAGAACUCAUACAAAACCCAGGGUUGGCUCCAUUGCCGCCCGAACUGCUGGACAUUCCAGACGACCUGUUGGACAGGUCUACCAGUGAUGGCACCAUAGAGGAAAACUUUGAAGAGGAGCUGGCGCGAGGUCCCGUAGGGCCUUACACUGAGAUCGUGGCAUCCUCUGUUGAUGAAGAGACUUUCGAGGAGCUAAAUCGAACGGGGCUUGUUGAAGUGGUCGGAGACGACUCUAUGGGUCGCCGCAUUAUCGUGGUGUCCGCAUGCAGGCUACCAGCCAGUAAGGACUUGCCCCCCGACAGAUUAUUGGGGUACCUGAUGGCCACACUGGACAAAUAUGUUGAACAGGAUUACAGCGUUGUGUAUUUCCACUACGGCCUAACAAGCAAGAACAAACCGCCACUCUCCUGGUUGUGGAAGGCGUACAAGACGUUUGACAGGAAGUACAAGAAGAACCUUAAGGCCCUGUACUUGGUCCAUCCAACAAAUUUCAUUCGCAUCGUGUGGCAGAUGUUGAAGCCCGCUAUCAGCGUGAAGUUUGGCCGAAAAAUGAUGUAUGUGAACUAUCUGCAUGAGCUGCAACAGUACAUUAACUUGGACAUGCUUAGUAUUCCCGAUUCCGUGCUUGAGUAUGACAAACAGUUGCUCGCUAAAAAUGUUCGAGCCGCUGAGACUGCGUCCGCUCGCAUCCUCCCUCGUCUUAGGACCGAGCGCAGGGAAACUGAGGAUACCAAGGAGAGUAUGUCACCGCCGCCGACGCAGCAGUUCGGCGUGUCGCUACAGUUCAUCAAGGAAAAUAACCCAAACAUGGUGGAGUCUAUCCCACCGGUCGUCAGGGAGUGCGUUGAGUUCCUAUCACAGCCUGAUGCUUUGGAGACUGAGGGUCUGUUCCGUCGUUCUGGCAAUAUGGCGGUUGUAAAAGAGUUGCAGCGAAGCAGCAACCGCGGUGAGGUCACCCAGUUUGCGGGUGAUCCUCACAAUGCCGCAGUGUUGCUUAAAACCUUCCUGCGGGAUUUGGAGGAGCCCCUGCUCACCUUCGACCUUUACGACGAGAUAUUGAAAUUCCCCACCUGGUCCAACCGCGACAAGCCGCGGCAAGUUAAGAUUCUGAUCCUGGAGAGAUUGCCGUUGGACAACUACAAAUUACUGAAAUACCUUAUACAAUUUUUAUGGAAGGUGCAAGACAGGAGCUGCUUGAACAAGAUGACUAGCAGCAACCUGGCUGUGGUGUUCGGCCCGAACCUGGCAUGGCCACAAAAUGGACAAAUGUCUUUACAAGCCAUCGUGCCGAUCAACGCGUUCACCGACUUCUUGCUUGAGAAUCAGGAGUCUAUCUUCAUUAUCUAAGUUAAUUAUUCCAAAGGGAACUUGUAUGACAAAGAUAUUUCCACUGAAGUGUAUCUGCCUAUUUGUUAUAGAUUUAUGGAACUUUCUGAUAAUAAUUUCAUUAUAUAUAUACUAUUUACACGAUUUUAAUGGUGCAAGCGCAGUUUACAUUUUUAUAUGUGUUUACGGUAGUAGAUUUUGUGGUUGAUAAACGUAUCUGUCGAGGUACGACAAGCACUUGACAAAUCGUACCUACUGUACGCACUACGCGCGCACUAUUACCGCGUCUUGUCUGUACUGUCACAAAUGUAAUCAGAACAAUAAUGUAGUGUAUAUAGAAAUAUAUAUAAUAGUAUUUUCAUAAUAUAUAGUAUGUGUUAUAUAUACAAUAAUAUAUAAUGUAUCAUAUGGAAUAAUUGGCUGUGGUUUAUAGAUAUGCCAAAUUGUAUAGAGAGGAUGAAGAACAGCUUGUCCUGACGUUUAAGAAUUUUGUUUUAACUCCGCCAUAUCAGUUAUUAUUUACAAUAUUGUUUGAAUGUAUGUUGCCUUCGGUUUAGGACUUAUAAGUUUUCAACUUCACGAUUCCAUCCACGAACGUCCACCAUUACAUGGACAUAUCUAUUUGAGGACAAUGUUCAUUACCUAACUUACAUACAUUAUGGAUUUAUUUUAUUCUCAUAAUUGUUAUAAAAUAUAUUUACGCACAAUUAUUUUGGUGCAAUUGACGGAUAUUUUUUUUUACAAAAUUCUUUUUACUUUAUGUCAUUUUCAUUAUAUAAUCACAGUGGACGUGUUAUCACAAUGAUUAAGAGUAUUUAAUUAUAAAUGUGUUUAAAAAGUUAUUGUUUACAUUAAAUGAUAAAUUCGUAACUAUGGACUGAUAGGAAUAAUAAUAUGAUCUGAUUGAUACAGGAGAUUAGUGUUGGUCUGUGUUAGUACAAGCUUUUGGAAUUUAGCGACAAUUACUUUGUGCAUAUUGCAUACACCACAGUUGUGUACGGCUGUAUAUGCAGCCAUAUUCCGUUUACGGGGGAAUCGUCUUUGAGGAAUUACGGGUGUUCUAAUCGAAGGACAGCUUUGAUAGUCGUAUAGGCAUACGGCGAAUUUUUGACUCUUUUACAUAUGCGGUAAUCGAAGCUGUUCUAUCAAAUCCGUCGUUUUUCAAUUAAGGGAGUUUUAAUCAUAAUAUCAUCGUAGCCUCUCUUUGACGGUAUUGCACCCCUUGACUGUAUACUAUCUAUUUAAUAUAUAUCAGCAUCAAAUAAAAGCCAAAUAGUAGGUUUUUAAUUUCGCCAUACUCCAAAAGCUAUCUUUGUAACAAAUAAAUUUAAUGUAUUUUAAAUUAAAUGGAAAAUUUUAUUGAAGUAAGUUCUAGAGUCUUCGAAAGUAGUGAAAAAUAUUAAAAUGUAUACAUUAAUACCCACAUCUUCAUGUUAGUUGUUUAACAAUAACAUUAACCUAACGAAGUUUUAGUAAUAGUAAAAGUUAAUUUGUGCGUAGUUUAUUAUAUUUUGAGGUAUACCAAAAAUAACAAGUAGUAGUUGUGUAAUUGUAAGUAUAUUAAUGAUUUUUAGUUUGUAAGUACUUUACAUGGUCUUUAGACUAGUGCAUUAAUUUUUUAUCUAUAAUCUAUCAUUUUUCGUUUCCGUCAUAUCAAAUAGACAACAAAUAAUAAAUGUAUUAUGUGAGAAUUUUACGACGAAUGUUUCACGCAUCUCUCAGCAUAAUUAAUCAUCAAUAAUAUAUCACGGUCCAAACUGUCUUAAUAGAAUUCGUUCAGCUUUGAACUUUGGAAAUCAAAACACAGGUCUUAGAUACCAGCAUCACUGAUAAAUAAGCUAUCACUUUAUGGAGUAAAAGAUGCAGACCGUCAAAAUAUAACACACUAGGUCCGACGGCCUGCGUCGAGCCGUUCGUAAGGAAUAAUAUGUUCAAUUAAUCCAAGUUUUUCACCGUUUUCUAUUAAUCUUUCAUACGGCCAUAUGGGACUAAAAUACAUAAUAUAAUAUUAACAUUAUUAACAAUUAAUAACAAGAUGGAUGAAUUUUUGUCUAAGACAUCCAUGCGUCUUAGAGACGUGAACAUACAUUUUCAUGCACUGUUUAAUUUAUUAAUAUAUCUUGUACUUCGUAAAAUCACACUGACGAGGUUCCACGUUUUUUUUUUUAUAAAUUUAACUCAGAGUUCACCAACGUACCUUUCAAACUGUACAUAAUAUUAUAUUUGUGUUUGUGUUUACGGUACUUGCACAUAGAGGUUCCAUCGAUGGACCUGAAUAUAAUAGUAUUCUUUCAAUUGUGUGGUUAUUUAAAACUUGACAAACGUGGCUCCUAUAUGCGUAUUAUAGAAUUCUUGCUAAUACAUACUUAUUUACAUUAGGGUAGUUGAUGAUUUUUUUAAAAUACAUUUUUCAAUAAUGUAUUUCAUCCAAAAUGGAUUGGAAAAAUAUUUAAAAAAUUCACGCAAUAAUAAAUAAGUUGUAACGCUUUGCAAUUUGGUGAGAGGGAAGCUGCCAAAUUACAAUAAUAGUGAAAUGUGAUGUCAUAAAGUGCCACCGACCAUGACGUUACGUGAGUGAAAAAAGGACAGCACGAUAACCCUACCACGUCUGCAUUUUUGCUCACAACAAUAUUUCAAAUAUGAAUAACUGCUUUAUUUUUCAACCAAAUUUAACGGUGAUUUCGCAGAAGUAUUUCUUUUUCAGACAAUUUUGUUACAUUUAAAAUAAUAAAUGAAACAUAGGAUAUUAUACUUUCCAAUAAAGAAUAGACAUAAAUCCACCCACUGGUUAUGGUCAAACUAUUAUUAAGUAGGUAAAUUAUUUUUCCGAUAGAUUAAAACGUAAGACCAACUUAAUACAUUCUACAUCAAUAUGAUGCUUUCCGUACUCUACUUUCUUAAUUGAUGCAAAUAAAGGUGUGUAACCACAUGACCUUUUACAAAUUUAAAUUUAUAUCUUCAUAUCAACUCUUGUAAAGUAAGAUGUAUUGACCACAUACACCCUCAAUUGUUCUGCAACAUGUAUUUUGUUCGCAAGUAUAUCUUGUGUUUUAUUUAUAAUAUAAAUACUAUAUUUUAUCUAUACCACAUUAUUUCAAAUUGAAAGAACGCAUCUUAUUAAUAGCAGCUUUAUCAACAGUAAAGUAUGGCAAUUUUAUUUACUAUCUACUUUUUUCAGAAUUCGGUACACGAUGGAACCUCGAGUGUGAUCAUACUGUAUCUGUUUAUAUAUAUAUAUAUAUAUAUAUAUAUUGUUACACAGGUGGUGUCGAAAUAGUGCAUUAAUUUCACCCGUGGGUAGAGCUUGCGUUCAGUAAUCAUAAAAAACAAUAAGAAAGUUAAAUCACAGGCAGGUAACUUUUUCUUAAAGUAGGUAAUCGAUAAAAUAGUCAAUAAAAGAGCAAGAAUAUUGGUUAUUUUCGUCAUAUUUUAGUUAUAUUGUCUAAAGUAUUAUUGAAAAGUAAAAGGUUCAACGUAUUUGUGUAAUUUCUUAUAUUCAUUAUUAGGCUCAUAUAUAUACAUAUAUAUAUAUAAAAUAGUCUAAUUAUGUUUUGGUAUUAUUUUUAUGAUUACUUACCGAUCGCUAGCCCUACCCGUGACAUUAAUGUCGCAAUGUGGGCGCCACUCUCUAUAAUUUAGAUACUUAGGUUUAAUUUCAGUAAAAUUAAUUAGUGCCAUUUGUUAUAUUUUUACGAGUUUACAGUCACAGAGUAGGCAUCGCUAACAGGCUGUUGGCCAUUUCAUUGGUAUUUUGUGCAAUUUUGAUCAAAUUUAUUUUUUUAAUAACCAAAUGCAUACUGUUAUUUUUUUAGUUUUAAGUUAUAUAGCACCAGGAUCAAUAGACUUAUUAGUUAUAUUACAUAUCUUGUAUACAUCUACGUAAACUACAUUCCAUUUUUUAAUCCAACCUUAUUUUUGUAUAAUAUUCAUUGGUAUUCUCGUCUGUCCAACAACGAAAUUAAAUUUAAUUGACCGGAAAUAAAAUUGCCGGAAAGGGUAUCUUAUCUUAACAUAAUUAUUAUUUUACUUUGUAUUAAUAUUAUAUAUGGAAAGUUUGCAACGAUGUUUGGACGUUAACAGUAAAUUCACAACAGCUGAAUGGAUUUGGAUGAAAUUUUACGCAUACAUACGAUGAAACAUAGGUUUCUUUAUAUUCUUGUAAUUUGCUCCUGUAGGAAAUAUAACAAUUCUUAAUCCAUUUUUAUUUUAAUAUAUGGCGCUGGUAUUGUGCAGAUGGCGGUUUAAAUUGGUAUAAUGAUUUAUGCGAUUUUUAUAGCGGGAAAGCCGCGAGCAACAUCAGUCUUUUAUAAGGCACCUUAAGUAUAACACAAUUUCUUAUACUUACUUUCAUUUCAUAUAGUCAUAAUAAUAAUAUAUGUUGCUUUAUAAAAGCAUUAAUAAGUGUAUGUAACUACGAAUUCUAAGGCCAUCACAAUUAAAUUAAGUAUAAGAUUUGUUUUAAUCUUUUAUCCAAUUUACUUUUACAACAUUCGUAGUAAGUACCUACCUAUUGACUGUUUGCAUUUGCAAAUACAAAAUGAUGGCCGCAGGAUUUACGCAAUAUUAUCAUGUUAAAGAAUUCUGUUUAUGUCCAUUCACUUUAAUCUAUUUCUACUUUUAGAUAUAAUAAAGUAUUGUUUGUAGUAAGUAUAAUAUAUCACGUGUUAACAGAAAUGUAACUUCAAUAAAGUUUAUUAAAUAAAUGGUACCCAGUAA